GUCAUUGGUUAGAAUGGUCCCACCUGAUCUUGCCGCCUCCGGAAUACCUUCCAUUUUUGAGGACACUUAUUUUCCAUUGUUAGAGCGGCCACUUGAUUAUCUGUCCAAUAUAAUAGAUCAUCUGUGCCUGAACAUCAAGCUCCGUUCGUGGUGUAGAGAGAAGAGAAGAGUAAAGAGGAGAGGACUGGUAGAGAGAGCGCCACAGUCUGACUGCAAGCAUCGAUAGAAAGAACGCCAUAUUUACAUCAUUUCCAAUGAAUUAUCAUCACAUUCCUUCGACUGACAACCUGACAACCUGAUCUGACGGUCUCUAUCGGAACACAGAGUCUUCCUCACGGGCUUUGAUCGGGGAGCACUUCACACUGCCAGGAGAUCACGUUAAGCCAUGGCGCAGACAAACAGUUAUAGUCAGAGCAGCAAUGGAGUGGCUGAUGAAGCCCCCAACAUGCUGGUCUACAGAAAGAUGGAAGAUGUCAUGGCUCAUAUGCAAGAUGAGAAAAAUGGAAUUCCUGUCCGCACAGUCAAGAGUUUUUUAUCUAAGAUCCCAAGUGUUUUUUCAGGUUCUGACAUUGUACAGUGGAUGAUCAAAAACCUAAACAUUGAUGAUCAAGGUAAGAUUUAUUUAUGAUGUUAUUUACAUUCAAUGUGCCUGUUUUUGGUGUUGAUGUAUCAUUGGAAAUGUCAGCAACUCAACUGUUUCAUAUCUAAUGUUUUGGUUUUCCUAAUGAAGGAUCUGAACGAUUCAGACUCUAAAUUCCUAGAAAUCCAGAAUGAUCCAACAACCAUUCAAAUACAUUACUUUGUUUCCUCUGAAAUGCUUCAGAUUUUUUAACAUUCAAUGUGAUUUGACUUGUUGUAUCAAAGCCAUCAGUUCAAUGGUCUUGACUUGUUGUAUC